CUGUCCCGCGCAAUCAUGGACAACAACCCGAGCGCUGACAUAUCGGUGGACUUGCGCCUAAUCGUUUCCCCGAAAGCUCACAAGCUAACAGCUGUUUUCCCAAAGCUUUCAAAGCGCCCGUGGGAGACGUAUGAAGGUCAGAAGAAGCACUACGCAAACUUCAGCACAGACAGCAAAAUGAGCGCCCGAAAAUUCUGCGUGGGAGGCAACUGGAAGAUGAACGGCGACCAGAAGUCCAUUGCGGAGAUCUGCAAGACUCUUAGCGGUGCCGCUUUGGACCCCAACACUGAGGUGGUCAUCGGCUGCCCGGCCAUCUACCUGAUGUACGCCCGCAACCUGCUACCCUGUACCGUGGGCGUAGCGGGCCAAAACGCAUACAAGGUGGCCAAAGGAGCCUUCACGGGGGAGAUCUCUCCCUCCAUGCUCAAGGAUAUCGGGGCGGACUGGGUCAUCCUGGGCCACUCUGAGCGUCGCGCCAUCUUCAACGAGUCCGACGAGCUGAUCGCCGAAAAAGCAGAGCAUGCUCUGGCCGAAGGUCUGAAGGUAAUCGCCUGCAUCGGUGAGACACUGGAUGAGCGCGAGGCUGGUAAGACAAACGAAGUCGUCGCCCGUCAGAUGUGCGCCUAUGCCAAGAAGGUGCGCGACUGGACCAACGUGGUUGUCGCCUACGAGCCUGUGUGGGCCAUCGGCACUGGCAAGACUGCCACCCCCGAACAGGCUCAGGAGGUGCACGCCUUCCUGCGCCAGUGGCUGACCGACAACAUUUCCAAGGAGGUUUCCGCCGCGUUGCGCAUCCAGUACGGUGGCUCUGUGACAGCAGCCAACGCCAAGGAGCUGGCGAAGAAGCCAGACAUCGACGGCUUCUUAGUGGGCGGUGCUUCCCUGAAGCCCGAAUUUGUUGACAUCAUCAACGCCAGACAAUAAGACGCAUCCUACCAAUCCAAUGCAGCAAAGAAACUGCCCAAAGGGAGCAGAGCGGGGGAGCCACACCCUCCCACUUGCAUUAUGCAUUACGCACACCUUGUUGUCAUUACCGGAAGUCCGGCAUAUAGUGUCGGAAAGUAGACAUGGAAUAUAGUCAAAAAUUCUCUGUUCCCUUGCGAGUAAACCUAUGCACUGUUGUUCAUCGUAUAUCAAAUGUUAAAUUAUUUGGGCUAUAAUUAUAUUUACGCUACUCACA